AUGGAAUCCCGGCUGCGUCAGCCCGGUUGGGCCCGGCCCCUGGCGCAGCAGCGCCACGCCUCGCGCGAGGGCCGCGACGGCAGCGACGGCCGCGUGGCGUCGCUGCCACCGCUGCGGGACCGCAGCCGCCCGGGGUCGCAGGAGCCCCUGGCGCCCGCGCCGCGCAGCAGAAGUCGAGCGGCCGAUGGCAGUCCAUGGCAGGAGAAAGCUGGCUCCGGGUCCAGGACCACAUCCGCAACACGAGCCGCGGAACGGUGGCCCGCCAACCAUCCCUUUCAGGAGGAGGUGAGUCCCCCCAAGCCGGGCCGGCCGCCGCGCGCCUCACCCGCGCCGCGGGAGCGGCGCGACGAGCGGCGGGAAGAACGGCGGGAGGAGGCCGAGGGGCGAAGAUCUGCAGGUUCUGCAGGUGCCAUGGAGCCAAUGGCUCCAAGCGGCCCGAGCGAUGAGCGCCGGCAUCGAGUGGGCAGCAAGCGCUGUGCCUCGCCCCCGGCCAUGCGAGCUGCGUCGCCGCCCAUCCGCGCCUCAGGGCGAUACAAGGUUCCAGAGAAGCAGGUUGAAAACUUUGAGGUGGCCCCGCCCAAAGCUCGGGAGACUCGCGCGACUCGGCAGACCGCGUCCAGCCGCAGACGGGAGGUGGCCCGUGAAGUCUCCCCCCCAAUCCAAGCAUCUGGUGGCUACAGCAUGCACUCUGAGGUCGGGCGAGCAGCCUCCCCUCCUAUCCAAGCAUCUGGUGGCUACAGCAUGCACUCUGAG